AUGACGCAUCCUUACGACCACUCAGGCUAUUCGACCCGUGGUAGCUACCACGAAGGACAAUAUGACGGUGUUUAUCCUGAACACCACUGGGCUGGACAGCAUGCGCAUUACCCUCCUACAAUGACGUCGAGCACUUCCUCAGCUUCCCACUACUCGAAUCCUGCUGCGGUUACUCCUUACGAUCACUAUGCCUACGCUGGCCAAGCUCAUCCAUAUGGAGGUCCAGCUAGCACUGGAAACCCCUUCGUGACCGUGCUGCCUCAUGCUCCUUCUCCUCAGCCAGGCUAUACGUAUGACUCCUAUACCGGCGCAUAUCACCCGCAGAGGCCUGAUAUGUUGACAAGAAGCAGCAUGGCAUACAUGACUCCCGAUAUGCAAUAUCCUGGUUAUCCUCAAAGGCCAUACUCGGUUCCGCAGAACAUGAUGCAACCCGCGAUGCAUCCUGGAUACCAUCUCUACCAGCCUCAUGCGUCGCCUCCAGUCCCCGAGGAGAAGCCAUCAAAAACUGAAAAGAAAGAGGAGCCGCCGCCAGCCCCACCUGCUCCGCCAGCACCAACGGCCGAGGAAAUCAAAGAGAAAAUGGAAAAGAAGCCGCGCUCCAGGCUGAGAACCUCGUUAAAGCCCUCAAGGCCCUUCAAGCCGAAGAGAAAGCGGCUGACNGCCGAGAAGCAGGCCAAGGUGCAGGCCGAGUCUGACAAGAUUGCUUUGUUGCUAGCAGAUUUUGAGAAACAGCGUCUUGAAAGAGAGGAGGCUGCUGCUGCUAAAGCUGCUAAAGAGAAAGCUGAGGCUGAGGCCAAGGCAGCUCGUGAGAAAGAGCUUGCCGAUGCUGCUACGGCAGCACGUGAGAAUGCCGAAAAGGAGGCUGCUGCCGCCGCUGCUCUUGCCAAAGCCGAGAAUGAGAAGGUGAUUGCAGAGGCCAAAGCGGAGCACGAGAAGAAGAUGGCAGAGGCAAAGGCUGCCGCUAAUGCAGCCGAAGCAGCAAAGAAAGCUGCCGAAGAAGAAUUGAAGAAGAAUGCUCCUGCACCAGACGCCGACAAGCCGCCUCUCAAAUUUACCGACGCUGUGGACAGGAGCUUUACAUUGCCAUGGCACUUGGUCAAGACCUGGAAGGGCAUGGAAACUCUGAUCAGACAAGCUUUCGUCAAUAUCGAGCGCAUUGGGCCACAUGUCGCUAACGGCCAUUAUCACUUGCUAGGACCGAACAACGAGAUCAUCCUACCUCAAGUCUGGGAUAUCGUUGUGCAGCCUGGAUGGGACAUCAAAAUGCAGCUUUGGCCACUGCCACCGGAUCCUAUGGAAGAAAAACCCAUCGACGCUGGCGGUUCCCCGACCCCGAUCGUUGUCCCGGAGCGACCACCGAGAAACAGAGGACGCACUCAGGUCAGUGGCAAUAAGAGCGCGGGCAAGCGUGCGUCCGUAGGANNCCCGCGCCGCCACCACCACCUCCCCCUUGCACCAGUUCAACACGCUUCCCCUCCUAUACCUCCCAUGCACGUACCCACCGUCUUCGCCGGUCAAGAUGAUCUCGAUGAUCCUAUAGUCGAGAUUGUCGAAGAACCUGGCAGGGUAGAAGGUGGACGUGGCCCCAAGAAGACCACUGCUAACCCAGGCAAGAAGAAACAGGUCCCGGCGUUCACCAGAUGGAUGCUCGGAGGCACUACGCGUCCGCGCCCAAAAGGGGCUGAAAAACCUGCUGCCGGCGUCAAAGUUCGUCAUGUCGUUGUUUGA